GCACGUUGCAUGAGACUAGCGCAACUCAUGAAGGUGUUCGUCACCCGCAGGAUCCCCCCCGAGGGCAGGGCCGCGCUCGCCCAGGCCACAGACUGUGAAGUGGAACUGUGGGAUUCUGAUGAGUGCAUCCCCAACAAGGAGCUAGAACAUGGUGUGGCGGGGGCCCAUGGCCUGCUCUGCCUCCUCUCAGACCGUGUGGACAAGAAGAUCCUGGAUGCUGCAGGACCUAAUCUCAGAGUUAUCAGCACACUGUCCGUGGGUGUCGACCAUUUGGCUUUGGAUGAAGUUAAGAAGCGUGGGAUCCGAGUGGGCUACACCCCAGAUGUCCUGACAGAUGCCACUGCGGAGCUGGCUGUCUCCUUGCUGCUGACCACCUGCCGCAGGUUGCCAGAGGCAAUAGAGGAAGUGAAGAUUGGUGGCUGGACCUCAUGGAAGCCCUUGUGGAUGUGUGGCUACGGACUCACCCAGAGCACUGUUGGCAUCGUGGGGCUCGGGCGCAUAGGCCAGGCCAUUGCUCGCCGCCUGAAACCAUUUGGUGUCCAGAAGUUUCUGUAUACAGGGUGCCAGCCCAAGCCUCAGGAAGCAGCAGAAUUCCAGGCAGAGUUUGUGUCCACCCACCAGCUGGCUGCAGAGUCUGAUUUCAUCGUGGUGGCCUGCUCCUUAACGCCUGAAACCAAAGGACUCUGCAACAGGGACUUCUUCCAGAAGAUGAAGAAAACAGCUGUGUUUGUCAACAUCAGCAGGGGAGAUGUUGUAAACCAGGAUGACCUGUACCAGGCCUUGGCCAGUAGUCAGAUUGCAGCUGCUGGACUGGAUGUGACGACCCCAGAACCGCUGCCUACAAAGCACCCCCUGCUAACCCUGAAGAACUGUGUAGGGUGUGCAACCUGCUGCAGAACUUCCUGCAGAAAGGCUAGAGGCAAGACCCACCCAAAAAUAAAAAUCUAUUUUAGCAGAUCUGAAGUAGAGUCGUCAAAUACGCUCACCCCGACUCUUCUGUCGUUUGACUUAAGUUCAGCCAAUGACAGCCUCGUUAAGUGUGCUGCUGGAUGCGAGUACCAGCUGUACACCACUUGCCAACAGAAAAUAGUUCUAAAACAUGUUUCGCGAACCAUGCUUUUGUCAAAUGACAUAUGCCCUAUCUCCCUCAUGCCACUGCAGCAUGUCUUGGGCCUCUUUCCUCUCAAAGCCUCAUCCACUGCUGUCAAUGGCGUUGCUAGUACCCUCUUCAGCAGUAGGAUCUGA